AUGUCGGUCACGCGGAUUAACCAGCAAACCGAGUGCCCAAGUUCGGUGCAUGACCUUGUGUCAUGUUGGGGAGGUUGCACCCAAUCUAAAACCUCCACGGACAGCGGCCUGGAGAAGCGGUUUGAACUCAAUUUCGCACAGCCUGUUGAUAUAGGAACCGUUACGGUAAAACAGCUGGCAUCCGUGAUGGAGCGUGCCGGUGAGUCACUUCGUCAGAACUCCGCUGAGCUGGGAAUUCAUACGCUUAAGUUCGACAGGUCCCUCUUGGUGUUUACGGCAAAGCAGAUUGUUGUGCGCUCUUCCGUUUCAGUGAUGCUACACGAAGCGGUACACCCGAUGCUUGAGCUCAUGCGCUCCCACAACAUUAUUGUGGAUUGGGCGUCUUUCAUGCGGGUCAACUACGGCUCGCCUUGGGACAUGACAUCGGAAACGAGUGAUAUUAUGGCUCAUGAAUACGCCGAGUUGAAGUCCGCGUUCCCAACGGGCCACCCGUACCUAGCUGGUCCUGUUGACCGUGAUCACUGUUUUUACUUUGUGUACGAUGGCAUCGAUCGCGACCCGUCCAGUUGUCGAAGGGAAAAUGAUGUGCAGAUCAAUGUUUACAUGUACAACGUACAAGCAGAUGAUGAGUAUGACUUGGACGGAAACACCAAAGAACAGCAACUUCUUGUAUCCCACUGCGCGGGGGAGUACGAAACGUUGCGAGUGUCAACAUAUGGGUCCACGCAUCCCUUUGCCUCCUUCGAAACGAAUGCCGUGUCUGCCGCGAGUGAUAUCACAAAAAUUGUGAAUGGACUUCUCAAAAAAUUUUACCCGGAGAGAGUUCUGCUCGUGCUGCUGCAGGACCGGGACGCACAGGGCACAACUGCGUGCGGCGUUAUGGAUAGAUUGGAAGGUUUCACCGUCGUGCACCGCGGUGCUAAUCACUUUGGUGGAGGCUAUGUCUUCCACCAGGCCACAUACGCACGCAGUGCCUGA